AUGGCCGCCCAACUCUUCACAGGCACAGCCUCGCCCGCCAACCAGGCCACAGGCCCAGGCACAAUGUCUCUCCACGACUUGCCCAAGUCCAAUGUCUUCACAAGCAAACUCCCCGCCGACCCGGCAUUCGAAUCGCCCGAGAUUUCCCACCACGCACCCCGGGAAGCACUCGGGCCACGAAUGGUGAAAGGCGCACUAUUCACCUAUGUGCGGCCUGAACCAGCCGAGGACACGGAGCUACUGGGUGUGAGUCCUCGGGCAAUGGCCGAUUUGGGGCUAGAACCGGGGGAAGAAGAGAACGCGUCGUUUCAGGCAGUGGUGGCAGGGAAUGAGAUUGCAUGGACAGAGACAGAUGGAGGUGUUUAUCCCUGGGCACAGUGUUAUGGAGGAUGGCAAUUUGGCUCCUGGGCUGGGCAGCUCGGCGAUGGACGUGCUAUCAGCCUCUUCGAAGUCACCAACCCCCAAACUCACAGGCGGUAUGAACUGCAAUUGAAAGGCGCAGGUCGAACCCCGUAUUCUCGAUUCGCAGACGGCAAGGCUGUCCUUCGAUCCAGUAUCCGAGAAUACGUCGUCUCCGAAGCCCUCAAUGCUUUGAACAUCCCCACCACCCGCGCCCUUUCUCUCACUCUGCUUCCCAAGUCCAAGGUUCUCCGCGAGCGUCUCGAACCAGGCGCCAUCGUCGCCCGAUUCGCCGAGAGCUGGCUUCGAAUCGGCACCUUUGAUCUCCUCCGUGCACGCGGUGAACGCGCUCUCACCCGCCAACUCUCCACAUUCAUCGCCGAAGAUGUAUUUGGCGGCUGGGAGACCCUCCCCGGCGCCCUGACCUUCGAUGACAAUCGAUCGCUCCCCAAGGACACCCAAGUCGUCGACAACCCCGCGCGCGGAGUAGCCCGCGACGAAAUUCAAACCAGCAACGAGAUUGACGAGAAUCGCUUCGCCCGGCUGUACCGCGAAAUCGCCCGACGCAAUGCCAAAACGGUCGCCGCAUGGCAGGCCUACGGAUUCAUGAACGGGGUGCUCAACACCGACAACACCUCCAUCUACGGACUCUCGCUUGACUUUGGCCCCUUCGCAUUCAUGGACAAUUUCGAUCCGACAUACACGCCCAACCACGACGAUCACAUGCUCCGGUACUCCUACCGCAACCAACCGAGCAUCAUCUGGUGGAACCUCGUCCGCCUCGGCGAGUCGCUGGGCGAACUCCUCGGCGCAGGCAAACACGUCGACGACGAGUCCUUCGUCAAAGACGGCGUCACCGACAAGACCCAGGAAACCGAACUCAUCCAACGCGCCGAGAAGAUCAUCGAGCGCACUGGCGAGGAAUUCCGCGCUGUCUUCCUGCACGAAUACAAACGACUCAUGACUCAGCGUCUAGGCCUCAAGACUCAGCAAGAAUCCGAUUUCCAGACCCUCUAUUCUGAGAUCCUCGACACCAUGGAGGCCCUCGAGCUCGAUUUCAACCAUUUCUUCCGCCGCCUGUCCAGCCUUUCACUCUCGGACGUAGACACGGAGGAGAAACGACUGGCCGCCGCGACGAGCUUCGCCCAUGCCGAAGGAUUCGGCGGUGUCGGAACGACCGAGGAAUCGGCCAAGUCACGCAUUUCCAAAUGGCUUGAUGCUUGGCGAAAACGUGUCAUUGAGGAUUGGGGCAGCGAUGAGCCCCAAGAUCAAGAAAGGCAGACAGUCAUGAAGUCCGUAAAUCCAAACAAGCGCCUCUCCUCUCAUAGAGCCCAAUACCUAACCACAUACCCUUCUGCCCCACAGUUCAUCCCCCGAGGCUGGAUCCUCGACGAAGUCAUCGACCGCGUGGAGAAAAAGGGUGAUCGCGAGAUCCUCGGACGCGUCAUGCAGAUGGCGCUGAACCCGUUCAACGAGGAAUGGGGCCUUGACAGGGCGGAGGAAGAUCGGUUCUGUGGCGACGUACCCAAGUAUAAGAGAGCGAUGAUGUGUAGUUGCAGUUCCUAG